AGUAUGUAGCCCUGGUUGACCUGGAACUCGCUAUGUAAACCAGGCUGUCCUUAAAAUUGCAAAGAUCCCCUUCCUUCUGCCUUCUGAGUCCUGGGACUAAAGGCACGCGCUACUACACCCGACUCUAUAGGAAUCUAAAUGUCCACAGUGAUAGCUCGUGAUUGGUAAACAAAAGGAGGCAGCUGCUCGCCCUAUUUAUCCAACAAUUACUGAGCAAUGAAGCCAUCAGCCAGUCACUGAAGAAGAAAAGAGGAAACAACUCACUAGCAUCUAUAGAGAUGUAGUAUUUCCAAAUAAUCCACUCUCUCGUGUGAUGACAUGAAAUCGGAUAAAUGGGUAUUCCAUCUAGGGCGAUUAACUACGCCAGUUUGAGAGGCCCCCUGGAGGCUGCUGGUGGAAGUAGGAACGAGCGUCGGGUUGCCAUAGUGCAGGAGCCCAAGAGACCCUGGAGGCUUCCGUAGGUGGUGGCAGGUCACGUGUUCAAUCCUUGCACCGGGUGACUCUCCGGUAGGGCUCCGGCGUCACAUGACCUGCUCUUGGGUAACAUGGCGGCAGUUGGGUUGCUGCGCUUGGACUGAGCAACAGCGAGUGUGGCGUGCUCCUUCCCGGAGUGAGGAGUGCGUCAGCGUGAGAAGAGGGACUGGGUCCUGGUCUUCCUGCUCCUGCCCCAGCGUUACCUGCACCUCCUGUGUCCUCUCCUCUGUCGGAACCAGAGGGAAUGACAAAGCCCAGGGCUUUUCGCAGUGGUGCACUGUGCAUCGAAGCACGCUCCUAGGCGACAGUGGGCAAGUCUUCUCGCAGUCCUUUCUCCAACCUCCUUCCGUCGGAGGUAGGACCGAAGCGUGGGCGGUUGCGAUUCUCCUGGGACCAUGGCCGGGUCCGACACGGCGCCCUUCCUCAGCCAAGCAGAUGACCCAGACGACGGGCCAGCGCCCGGCCCUCCGGGGUUGCCAGGAUCCAUGGGGAAUCCAAAGUCCGGGGAACUCGAGGUCCCAGACUGUGAGGGGCUACAGCGCAUCACUGGCUUAUCUCGGGGCCAUUCGACCCUCAUAGUGGUUGUUCUGUGCUACAUCAACCUUCUGAACUACAUGGACCGCUUCACCGUGGCUGGGGUUCUUACAGACAUCGAGCAGUUCUUUAACAUCGGAGAUAGUAGUACUGGCCUCAUCCAGACUGUGUUCAUCUCCAGUUACAUGGUGUUGGCACCAGUGUUUGGCUACCUGGGUGACAGGUACAAUCGAAAGUACCUCAUGUGCGGGGGCAUUGCCUUCUGGUCCCUGGUGACACUGGGGUCAUCCUUCAUCCCCAGAGAGCAUUUCUGGCUGCUCCUCCUGACCCGGGGCCUGGUGGGGGUCGGGGAGGCCAGUUACUCCACCAUUGCGCCCACCCUGAUCGCCGACCUCUUCGUGGCAGACCAGCGGAGUCGGAUGCUCAGCAUCUUCUACUUUGCCAUCCCUGUGGGCAGCGGUCUAGGUUACAUUGCUGGCUCCAAAGUGAAAGACGUGGCUGGAGACUGGCACUGGGCUCUACGGGUGACACCAGGUCUAGGGGUGCUGGCCGUCCUGCUGCUGUUCCUGGUGGUCCAGGAGCCCCCAAGAGGAGCCGUGGAGCGCCACUCAGGUUCACCACCCCUGAGCCCCACCUCUUGGUGGGCAGAUCUGAAGGCACUGGCACGAAAUCCCAGUUUCGUCCUGUCUUCCCUUGGCUUUACCGCCGUGGCCUUUGUCACGGGCUCCCUGGCUCUCUGGGCCCCAGCGUUCCUGCUGCGCUCCCGAGUUGUUCUGGGAGAGACUCCGCCCUGCCUCCCUGGAGAUUCAUGUUCCUCCUCUGACAGUCUCAUCUUUGGACUCAUCACUUGCCUGACUGGAGUCCUGGGUGUGGGCCUGGGAGUGGAGAUCAGCCGCCGCCUUCGCCGCUUCAACCCUCGGGCUGACCCACUAGUCUGUGCAGCUGGCCUCCUGGGUUCCGCGCCUUUCCUCUUCCUGGCCCUGGCCUGUGCCCGAGGUAGCAUCGUGGCCACCUAUAUUUUUAUCUUUAUUGGGGAGACUCUGUUGUCCAUGAACUGGGCCAUUGUGGCUGACAUCCUGUUGUACGUGGUGAUCCCAACUCGACGGUCCACGGCUGAGGCCUUCCAGAUAGUGCUGUCCCACUUGCUAGGUGAUGCGGGGAGCCCUUACCUCAUUGGUCUAAUCUCUGACCGUCUCCGACGGAGCUGGCCCCCUUCCUUCCUGUCCGAGUUCCGGGCUCUGCAGUUCUCACUCAUGCUCUGUGCUUUUGUUGGGGCACUGGGUGGCGCGGCCUUCCUGGGCACCGCCAUGUUCAUUGAGGAUGACCGCCGGCGGGCUCAACUCCAUGUGCAGGGUCUGUUGCAUGAGUCUGGGCCCUCAGAUGACAGGAUCGUGGUGCCUCAGCGAGGCCGUUCUACCCGAGUCCCUGUGUCCAGUGUGCUCAUCUGAGGAGCCGUUGCUUACCCGGCCACAGAUGCAUCGCAGCUGGGCCUGGGCCCACCCAAGACGGUUCCCAGGCAGAAGCCCUUACCAGGCCCAGGUUCAAGAAGGAAGCCCUGGGAUAUAUCCCAGCUCCCAGACACUACAUGGGCAGCCCAGGGAAGAGAUGGGGGUCCAGAAAUGGGGGAGGGGUGUCCUCUCUACUAGGGCAGCCCAAGGGGUUUGGUGCUAUUUGUAAUGGAAUAAAAUUUGUAAUCAGA